UUAAUAUAACAUGUAUUAAAUCUAGCUUCUUAAAUACAUGUUUCGAUGAUAGGGCCGAAUUGUGGUGGUGGUGUUGCGUCGGAGGCAGUCAGGGGGCAGUCCAUGUGUUUCCGGUAGUUGGGUGGUUUCUGAUCUCAGCUCUUCUGUCAAAAUGCAGGACCCAAAUGAGGACACUGAGUGGAACGACAUCCUUCGGCGCAAGGGGGUCCUCCCUCCCAAGGAGAUCAUCAAGGAUGAGGAGGAGGAGGCGGCGCUGGCCCGAGAGCAGCAGUCCAUCGUGAAGACCUACGAGAGCAUGAGUCUGCAGGAGCUGGAGGAGAAUGAAGACGAGUUCAGUGAUGAAGACGAAUCAGCUAUGGAGAUGUACCGACAGAAGCGUCUGGCGGAGUGGAAGGCCACACAGCUGAAGAACGUGUUCGGAUCACUGGAGGAGAUCUCGGGUCAGGACUACGUCAAGGAGGUGAACCAGGCUGGAGAGGGCAUCUGGGUGGUGCUGCACCUCUACAAACAGGGCAUACCUCUGUGCACACUGAUCAACCAGCACCUGGCGGAGCUGGCCAGGAAGUUCCCCCAGGCUAAAUUCCUCAAGUCCAUCUCCACCACCUGCAUCCCCAACUACCCCGACCGCAACCUGCCCACAGUGUUCGUCUACCACGAGGGGGAGAUGAAGGCUCAGUUCAUUGGCCCCCUCGUCUUCGGGGGCAUGAACCUCAAGGCUGACGAGCUCGAGUGGAGGUUAGCAGAGUCCGGCGCCAUCAAGACAGACCUGGAGGAGAACCCCAAGAAACAGAUCCAGGACCAUCUGAUGAGCUCCAUCAGGUCCUCACUGCCCACGGGCAGAGACAGCGAAUCGGACGACGACUAGUGUGAUCA